UCAACCAGAAUGUAAGUUCUUUUCAAAGAAAAUUUGUUGGUGAGGUGAAGAGGUGUGAAGAACUGGAACGGAUAUUGGUGUAUCUGGUACAGGAAAUCACUAAAGCAGAUAUUCCCUUGCCUGAGGGAGAUGCCAGUCCUCCUGCACCGCCUCUGAAGCAGGUUCUAGAAAUGCAGGAGCAGCUGCAGAAGCUGGAGGUGGAGCUUCGAGAAGUCACCAAGAACAAGGAGAAACUGAGGAAGAACCUACUGGAACUAAUCGAGUACACCCACAUGCUGAGGGUGACCAGGACCUUCGUGAAGCGGAAUGUGGAGUUUGAACCCACUUACGAAGAGUUCCCUCCCUUGGAGAGUGAGUGUUUGUUGGACUACAACUGUAUGCAGAGGCUGGGAGCGAAGCUGGGGUUUGUGUCUGGCCUCAUUCAGCAAGGCAGGGUGGAUGCGUUCGAGAAGAUGCUAUGGCGAGUCUGCAAAGGGUACACCAUCGUGACCUACGCGGAGCUGGACGAGCCCCUGGAGGACCCUGAAACUGGGGAAGUUAUAAAGUGGUACGUGUUCCUCAUAUCCUUCUGGGGAGAGCAGAUUGGCCAGAAGGUGAAGAAGAUCUGCGACUGUUACCACUGCCACGUGUACCCCUACCCCAACACGGCCCAGGAGCGCAAGGAGAUUCAGGAGGGGCUCAGCACUCGGAUCCAGGACCUCUACACAGUGCUACACAAGACCGAGGACUACCUGAGGCAGGUGCUGUGCAAGGCCGCCGAGUCCGUGUGCAGCCGUGCCGUGCAGGUGAGGAAGAUGAAGGCCAUUUACCACACGCUGAACAUGUGCAGCUUUGACGUCACCAACAAGUGCCUCAUCGCCGAGGUCUGGUGUCCUGAGGCCAACUUGCAGGAGCUGCGCCGGGCGCUGGAGGAAGGCUCGAGGGAGAGCGGGGCUGCGCUGCCCUCCUUCAUGAACACCAUCCCCACGAAGGAGACACCGCCCACGCUCAUCCGCACCAACAGAUUCACCGAGGGCUUCCAGAGCAUCGUGGACGCCUAUGGCGUGGCAAGCUACCGCGAGGUGAACCCAGCCCUCUUCACCAUCGUCACCUUCCCGUUCCUGUUUGCGGUGAUGUUCGGAGACUUCGGCCACGGCUUUGUGAUGUUCCUGUUCGCCCUCCUGUUGGUGUUAAAUGAGGAUCACCCCAGGCUGACCCAGUCACAGGAGAUCAUGAGGAUGUUCUUUAAUGGCCGCUACAUCCUCCUGCUCAUGGGCUUGUUCUCGGUGUACACGGGGCUCAUCUACAACGACUGCUUUUCCAAGUCGGUGAACCUCUUCGGCUCGGGCUGGAACGUGUCGGCCAUGUACAGCGCCAGCCACGCUGCGGAGGAGCAGGGGAGCCUGGUUCUCUGGAACGACAGCACCGUGAGGCACAGCCAUGUGCUGCAGCUGGACCCGAGCGUCCCUGGCGUGUUCAGAGGCCCUUAUCCUUUUGGGAUCGACCCUAUUUGGAACUUGGCCACAAAUCGCCUCACCUUCCUAAAUUCUUUCAAAAUGAAAAUGUCUGUGAUCUUAGGAAUUAUUCACAUGACUUUUGGUGUCAUUCUGGGAAUAUUUAACCACUUGCACUUCCGAAAGAAGUUCAACAUCUACCUGGUCUCUGUCCCCGAGCUCCUCUUCAUGCUGUGCAUCUUCGGGUACCUCGUCUUCAUGAUCAUCUACAAGUGGCUGGCGUACUCGGCCUCCACCUCCCAGGUGGCACCUAGCAUCCUCAUCGAUUUCAUCAACAUGUUCCUGUUCCCAGCUAGCGAGGCCAGCGGCCUCUACCCAGGCCAGGCGUCCAUCCAGAGAGUGCUGCUGGCCAUCACCGCGCUGGCUGUGCCCGUCCUCUUCUUGGGAAAGCCGCUCUUCCUGCUGUGGCUGCAUCACGGGCGUGGGUGCUUCGGUGUGAGCCGGAGUGGCUACACGCUUGUGAGGAGAGACAGCGAGGAAGAAGUGUCUUUGCUGGGAAACCAGGACAUAGAAGAGGGAGGUAACCAGGUGGAGGCCGGACGCAGAGAAAUGACGUGUGAAGAGUUCAAUUUCGGAGAAAUCCUGAUGACGCAGGCCAUCCACUCCAUCGAGUACUGCCUGGGCUGCAUCUCCAACACUGCAUCCUACCUGCGGCUCUGGGCGCUCAGUCUGGCCCACGCGCAGCUGUCUCAUGUGCUGUGGGCCAUGCUGAUGCGCUUGGGGCUCCGCGCGGACACCACCUUUGGGGUCCUGCUGCUCUUCCUGGUGGUCGCCUUCUUCGCAGUUUUCACCAUCUUCAUCCUGCUGGUCAUGGAAGGGCUUUCCGCCUUCCUCCACGCCAUCCGCCUCCACUGGGUAGAAUUUCAGAACAAAUUCUACGUUGGUGCAGGCACCAAGUUUGUUCCUUUCUCGUUCAGUCUACUUUUGUCCAAGUUCAGUACCGACGACCAUGUGGUGUGACUAUCAUCCUGCCAUCACCAGCAGUCUUUCAGAUUUAUGGAGAGUCAUCAUACCAGGAAUUGCACCUACGUCAAGUUUAUGAUAGGAAACAUUCUGUCUCCGUUGAUUGCCUUACAGUGUAGCCAAAUGAUUCUGUAAGAUAUACCUCUUCCUCAUGUUAAAGAUUUUGUAAACUUUGCCAGUUUCAGACACAUAAGUUUCUUUUGCUUUUUAUUAUGAACACAGGAUAGGUUCAUGCCAAAUGUCAUGUUAAAGUUAUUUUUAAAAAUACAGGAUUGGAGAAGCCAGUUUUGAAUGGCUAAUUGAAAAUGGUCUUAGAUACUUGAUUCCUCUUAAACCUCAUUAAAAAAUGCAAAGAAUUAUUCUGUCACC